ACUGAGUGAUUGGUACGUACUGCAACAUCUGAAAGCUUCCUCUUCCUGUCCUCUCUCUCUCUCUCCCUCGUCUUCUCCCUUCUCUCUAACCCUUUAUCCCCCCCCACCUUGGACUACAACACACCCAAACAGACAAACUCAUAUCUCUCUCCCUUCCUGUUCUUUCUCUCUAGCCUAUCAAGGUUCCAUCAUUCAGGGUCCUUCGCACGCAAUCCUUCGAGCCUCCUUCCUAUAUGAUCGAAAUAGGCUAAGAACGAACUCGACACAUCCAGACUAAACGACUGGACCAAGACGGACUUCCCAAGUUGCUGUUUGCCGGACCGGACUGUGAUCACCCUCGGGCCGUUGCAUCAACACCUGCACGUGGCGCCAUGGACGUGCUCCGGAAGAUCGGGGGCUGGUUUGCCCCCCCGCCAAACAAGGCGGAAGACGGCCGCGAUGCCUGGCCGUCCAGGGCCUCCUUUCUCCUGGCCUCGAUGGGUGGCUGUGCCGGAAUGGGCAACCUGCUGCGGUACCCUUCCCAAGUGUACAACAACCACGGUCUGCAGUGGUACAUCCCGUAUCUCAUGGCUGUCUUCAUCGUCGCCAUCCCGGUCCUGGUGCUCGAGAUUGCCAUCGGACAGGCCUACCGCGGCGGCAGCGUCGUCGCAUACAACAACCUCAACCAGAGGCUGAAGGGCACCGGCCUGUCUUUGCUCUAUGUCGGUUUCGUCGUCACACCCUACUUUGUCGUCAAUCUGGCGUGGAUCAUGAGCUACUUCCGCCACUCCUUCACCAGCCCGCUCCCGUGGACCGGGCGCGGCGAGGAGUUCUUCAACCGGGACGUCGUCGCCAACAUUGAUCCUAUCGAAGGCAGCCUCUCAGCCGAUGGCUCCAGCGUCCUGAACUACACACAGUACCCCGGUACCGCCCUCAUCGGCGAGACAACCGGAUGGGCUGCCUUCACCUUUUUCCUCAUGUGGGUUUCCAUCUUCCGCGGCGUCGGCUUAACCGGCCGUGUCGUGUACUUCACCAUGGGGCUUCCCAUUGUUGUGACUAUCAUCCUCAUCGGCCGAUCCGUGUCUCUCGAGAACGCCGGUGAAGGAGUCAAGCUGUACUUCGCCACGUGGAGAGGGAGUGAGUUGUCGAAGGGAACGGUCUGGCAGACAGCCUGCGGUCAGGUGUUCUUCAGUACCGGAGUUGGCUUCGGCUACUUCACGUCUUACGCAUCUUAUAACCGGCAGUAUUCGAACGCGGUCAUGGAUUCCAUUUUGAUCGUCUGCAGCAACGUCCUGUUUGAGAACAUCGCAGCCUUUGCCGUCUUUGGUGUCGUCGGAUACCUGGGAAUGCGUCCGGAUCCCGAGAACCCCAUCGGAGGCUUCACCGUCGGCUUCCUCACCCUUCCGUUGGCCGUCGCCGAGAUGCCUGGUGCCAACUUCUGGGCCGUCGCCCUGUUCUUCACGCUCAUGGUCCUCGGCUACAGCUCGGCCUUCGCCAUGCUCGACGCCAUCGUGACCUUGGUCAUGGACACGGGCAUCAAGUUCUCUCGCCCCAUCGUCGUCACGGCCCUGACCGUGCUGUCGUUCCUCCUGGCGCUGCCGUACUGCACCGAGUUCGGGUACUACCUGCUGACCGGCAUCGACCGCUGGGUCAACGAUGUGGCCCUCGUGUUCGUCGUAUUCGCCGAGUGCAUCACCUCCACAAGCGUCUACCGCUGUAAGGACGUCAUCGGCCAGGUUGGAAAGCCGGCAUUCAUCAUUUACAACACGUGCUACAUCCUGGCCAUGGUGCUCGGAGUAGCCGUUGCUCAUGCUGUCCAGGCCGGAGCCGGAGCCGGUGUCGGUCUCGGACUUUUCUUUGCUGGAUGUAUCGCCUCCGUCCUCAUCGCAAAGACCCCUGACGCCAUUCCUCCGAGAUUCUGGGGCAGAAACGCUUUCUUGAGCAAACUUUGGUAUCUGGCUUUCUACUCUGUAAGUCACUCUUUCCUCACUCACUCUUGGAUGCUCAGUCCCACUAAUCCAUUGCCAAAGGGGAACCAGCUUCGCCGUGAUCUGAACGUGGUCAUCGGCAGCGGCAAGAACUGGAACAUCCCGACCUUUUGGCCUGUUCUCCUGCGCUACAUCUCGGGCCCCAUCUUGAGCAUCGUGUACGGGUUCUCGUAUCCAGCCUUCUACCAAGUCCGCUAUGAUCCCCUGCAUAUUCUCGGUUUCGCCGUCGGCCACAUCGCUCUCGUCAUGAUCUUCGCCGGCUUCAUGGUUCCUCGCUGGUUCAACGUCUUCAUCCCGGCCCACCGACAAAACGAAGGAAAGAUCCAUUAUGCCCCUCUCGUUACCAUUGGCGCAGACGAGGCCCAGGCUAUUGCGGCCGGAAACAUGGAGCAGGGGCGGACGCAGACGCCUUCGAAUUCGGAUGAAGGAGUGGCCCGCAAGGAAUCGCCGACCAACGACGGCCUGAUAAUGGAGGAUGAGAAGAGGGCCCAUAACUAA